AUGAUACGGCACCAGUUGGUUCGGUUCGACGUUUUGUUCGAUGAAGAAAAGAGGGCCGUUCAGGAGGCCGAAGCCAAAACCAGGCGCAACGCAGCAGUGGAGGAUACAGUUUUACACGAGAUGCGAGACUCUUACUUGGACCUACAGGAGGAAAUCAGGAGACAGAACGACGACAUGGUGAAAUGGAUGGACAAAACGAAGAAGACCUACAAUGCAAUCAUGGCACGAGUCAGUGGCGCCAGCAAUCAUAUGUAUCUCAUCUUAGGGCUGUACACUUUGCACAGCUCCGCACGACAUCUGUGA